AUGUUCUCCGAAACAGCACCAUCACAUUUAUCUGAAGCAAUAAUGACAGUUAGAAAAAUGGAAAAAAACUUUGUAAAAACUCAAAUGUUAACUAUGGAACAUGAUCGAAAUAAAAUACGUUCGAAUGUUAAUCGUCAUAUGGAAACAUUUCUACAUAUAACUCAAAAACGACAUGAAACAUGGUAUCGAUAUGAUAAAUAUUUUCGUGAAGCUUUAAAAAAAGAAAAAGAUCGACAUGAAAAACGUAAAGAACGAACUGGAUCAGCAACUCAUCCUAGUACUAAUAGUUAUCCAUCACUUAUUACAUUAAAUUCUCUUUCAGAACCAAUAACAAAAACUGAACAACGUACUUAUCAAGUUUUACAAGCUUCAAAAAAAUUACUUAGUGCAUCAGCAUCACGAUCACAAUCUGCUCGUAGUCAAAGUCGUCCAUCGACAUCACAAAGUACAUUUAAAACUUUUUCAACAACUUCAACAACAACAAAAAGUUCAUGUACAUUUAAUAGUGCAAGUCUUAUUGUACCAAUGACACAAUCGAUUGAUUAUAAAGAAUAUAAUCGUUUAAUGAAUGAAUCAUUAAAAGAUGAAAACUAUGGUAAUUUUAUUGAUCACUUUAUUAAAUUUCGUCCUGAAUUUCGUGAAAAUUUUGCUCAAUUUCAUCAAGCAAAUCAACGACGAAAUGCUGUAGAAAAAUUACGAGAAUUUAAUCAAACAUAUGCAAAACAAAAAGAUCAACGUUACUAUGAUUUAAUUAAUAGUCUUACUACUUUUCGUUUAGAACAAAAACGAAAACAAUAUAAAAUUUAA